AUGGCCUCUUUACUCUUCGCAGCCGGCACUGUUGUCCUCUUGCUGGUGGGCAUUUUCAUCCAGCAUUAUUCCAACCGGUCGAAAAUCCCUUCCAAUGCGAAAUUGCCGCCCGGCCCAAAGGGCAAGCCGAUUGUGGGAAAUCUCCUAGACAUCCCGCCGCAGCACUCGUGGUUGAAAUUCAAAGCCUGGGCCGAUCAAUAUGGUCCCAUCUACCGCAUCUCCAUCUUCGGCCGGAAUCUCGUCAUGGUGUCGACCGAGAAGAUCGCCAACGACCUCUUGCGGGAGCGAGGCAAUCUGUACUCAUCUCGGGAACAGUUGCCCAUGGCUGCGAGGCUGAUGUCACGGGACCUGAGACCUCUGUUCUUGCCUUACGGAGAGCUAUGGCGACGGGGACGUAAAGUGAUGCACAAUAUGACGAUGCACGCGUCGGCCACCUCUUACCAGCCCGUGCAGAUUUACGAGUCGGAGCGGCUGUUGUACGACCUGCUUCGAACGCCAGAGAAAUACGAACAGCUCUUUGAAAGAUACGCCGCGGCUGUGGUCAUGCGGUUGUGCUACGGCAAGAUGGUCGAGACGGGCGACGAGGUCUACGUGCGCGACAUCCUCAAGAUCGUCCACACCGUCGAGCGGGUUGCGUCCCCUGGGGCAUACCUGGUGGACACAUUCCCGAUCCUGAUGUACCUGCCUAGUUGGCUAGCGCCGUUCAAGCGCGAAGCGGCGCGGCUGCACGAGUUCGAGAUCAACGUGUUCCGCGGCCUGCUUCUGGAAGUCAGGGACAAGAUGCGCUCCGGCAAGGGUCCGCGGUGCUUCUCCAAGACGUUCCUCGAACGGCAGGCAGAGUUCGGCCUGUCGGACGACGAGGCCGCCUAUGUUAUCGGCACGCUCUUUGAAGCCGGAGCCGGCACCACCGCUGCCGCCAUGAUGUCCUUCAUCCUCUGUAUGUGUCACUGGCCCGAAUGGCAGAAGAAGAUCCAGCAGGAGGUCGACGAGGUGGUUGGCGACCACCGCGUGCCAGACUACGGCGACAUCCCCUCUUUACCGACAUGUCGGGCUGUGAUCAAAGAAGUGCUCCGCUGGCGCCCGGUGACUGCGGGAGGCGUGCCGCACGAGUUGAUCAAGGAUGAUGUGUACAAUGGGUAUUUCUUGCCUGCAGGGACCAACAUCCAUCCAAACCAAUGGGCCAUCCACCGCGACCCAGAACUGUACCCAGACCCAGAAACCUUCAACCCGUCCCGCUGGCUGGAGCCAGGCUACCCGACGUACCGGGAGCCUUUGGAAAAGUUCCCCAACUUGCAAAACUACUCGUGCUUCGGGUUCGGCCGACGCAUCUGCCCGGGGAUGAACAUCGCCGAAAACUCUUUGCACCUGCUGGUCGCACGGAUCGCGUGGGCUGCGCACAUCUCCAAGCGUCCUGGUGUUGAGGUCCCGCUGUAUGACUACACGGCGGGCUUCAACGUCCAACCAAAACCGUUUGUGUUUGAUCUGAAACCUCGCGGUGAUGAGAGAAGGGCGCUCGUGGAUAAGAUCUGGGAGGCAGGCAGAGAGAGGGAUCCGCUUGACGAGGUGCAUACGCUGUGA